GGUAAAGGACUAUAGUAGUUUAUCUUAUGUUAUAUUAUAUUAUAUUAUAUUGGGUCGCGUAAUUUAUAGGUCCGGUCCGCUCUUCGUUCCUAUGCUCGAGACUUUUUACCCUUCUCUGUUUUUUCUACAAUUUAGACCCCAUAAUUACUAUAAUAAAUUUAAACAAUGAGACAAAUCUUCUAUUGCAUAAAUUAAGAAAACUCAAUUGUUUGCUCUCCAUAACUGUUUCUGGACUUUGCAUUCAUUACAAGGCACUUCUAACAUUAAUGGCAAAUGGUUUACUUCCACAGUUUAUCGUAUUUUCUUGGUGAGCCGCACUUAGCCGGGGAUCGAAACGCUUUGAAAUUUUUGUCAACGUAAACUACAGUUCAGUAACUCCCUUUCGUUUCGAUUCGUUAGAUAUAAGAUCUUCUUCUUUCUUAAUAGACAAUAUAGAUAGAUUUCCAUUUGACUUUGUGAUAUGACUGUUUCUGAUAAACCACAAGUCUUGUUCAUUGGUGACUUGGACGAGUCGUUACCUGAAUUCAAAGAAUUUUCCACUAAAUUCGAAGUAGUUAAAUAUAAGAUCUCCACUGAAGAAGAUCUCAUUAAUAAAUUUAAGACAGAAUUCAAAGAUAUUCAAGCAAUUUAUGGUUCAUGGCUUGGAUUUGUUCCUGUUGGAGGUUUCAAGGGUGAUAUUUUAAAAAAUGCUCCAGCACAUUUAAAAGUUAUUUCAAUAUGUUCAGUGGGUUACGACGGUUAUGAUGGCAAAGGUAUGCGUGAAAAGGAUAUUGUCCUUACUCAUGUUCCAUCUGAAGGAGCAGCUGAACCAGUUGCCGACUUGGUUUUAUUCAAUACUUUAGCCAGUUUCAGGCAAUUCAAUAAAUAUGAAAAGCCAUUUAACCCAGAACAUAAUCAUACAGUCAAAUUGAGGAAAUUAUUGGAUAACUCGUCUUCAUUCGACACCAAAUCCGGUUCUGUAGUUCUCAGUUCUAAUUCCACAGAUUAUCAUUUUGGACACUAUAUCAACGAAAGACCUAAUUUGAAUCCUAGAAAUCAUAAUGCUGUCAUAGUUGGAUUUGGAAAUAUAGGGAAAACUAUAGGGAAGAAAUUAAGUGAUCUUGGAAUGAAUAUUCACUAUAUCAAAAGACUGCCUUUAUCCAAACAAGAAGAAGAGCAAUUGGGUUACAAGGCCAUAUACCAUCCUAAUAUUUUGUCCACUAAAUCAAUUGCUGAUUUAAUCGUUAUUGCCUGUCCAGCCACUCCUGAAACUGAACAUCUCAUUAAUAAGGAUGUCAUUGACUCUAUUGAAAAUCCAUUCAGGAUUAUUAACAUUGGAAGAGGUAUAAUCAUUGAUGAACUGGCCUUAGUUGAUGGAUUAAAAUCAGGUAAAGUUUUAUUUGCCGGUUUAGAUGUGUAUGAACAAGAACCAAGAGUCAAUGAAGAAUUAUUUGGUAGACAGGAUGUUAUCUUGACCCCACAUAUAGGAGCAUCCACUGUUGAAAAUUUUGAUUUCACAGCUAUUCAAGCUUUAAAAAACAUUGAAAAUGUCUUGUUGCAAAAUGGUUCUGGCUUAAACACAGUAAAUUGAGAGUGCACGAAAUGGUCGUGUGCUGAAGGAAAUCUACAUUGGGUGCGACUCCGGACUAGUUGUCCCUACAUAGGACUGUCAGAUGGUCGGCCCCCCACAUGUACCUUUCCGUCAGACAAAAAAAGUGUAUGGGUAAAUGGAUGCGAUGGCAUGGACAUAUCGGGCUUUAACAUCCGAUCUAACUCCUUUUUUCAUUUAAUUCUUUUUUAUCAAUUUAAUCAUAUACUACUAAAAAGAUAUCAAAAGUACAAAAAAUUACAGGGAAAGAAACUAAUACGUAACUGUAUAUAUAUUUUAGUAGAAUAAAUAUUCACUUUUUCUUUUUUAGUAUAUAACGAUCAUUUUAAGCAUUGUAAAAUUGGUAAGGAAUAAAUAUGAUAAAAAAUAAAAG